AUGUGGAUCUUUUGGACGCUUCUUCUUGGUCUCUCUGGAGUCCAGUCCAUGUUCUCGGUCGUCACGGAUACGGUUCUGCCUCCUCAUGCGCUCCACAACCCCACUCAGCUGAAUUAUGGGAUGGCGGUGACGGAUGUGGAUGGUGACGGGGACCUAGAGGUGUUGGUGGCAGGGUAUAAUGGGCCAAACCUGGUUCUGAAGUAUGACCGUUCUCAAAAGAGGCUGGUGAAUAUUGCAGUGGAUGACCGCAGCUCUCCAUACUACCACCUUAGGGACCCGGAGGGAAACGCGAUAGGAGUGACGGCGUGUGAUGUGGACGGAGACGGCAGAGAGGAGAUCUACUUCCUCAACACUAACAAUGCUUUCUCAGGUCAGGCGACGUACUCUGAUAAGCUGUUUAAGUUCCGGAACGGCCGCUUCGAGGAUCUGCUGAGUGACGACAUCAACGUGCAGCGCAGAGUGGCCAGUCGCAUGGCGGGACGCUCUGUGGCCUGUGUGGACAGAAAGGGAACUGGCCGUUACUCCAUUUAUGUGGCUAACUACGCUCGAGGUAACAUUGGGGCUCAUGCGCUGAUUGAGAUGGACGAGGCUGCCAGCGACGUUUCCAGGGGCAUCAUCGCUCUCACUGAUGUCGCCUCUCAGGCCCGGGUCAACAAGUACACAGGUGGCCGUGGUGUCGUCGUUGGACCAAUUCUUAACGACGCCCGUUCUGAUAUCUUCUGUGACAACGAAAACGGACCCAACUUCCUGUUCCGUAACAACGGCGACGGCACUUUUACUGACAUGGCUGCUCAAGCAGGUGUAGCAGAUCGCUAUCAGCACGGCAGAGGAGUGGCUCUGGCUGAUUUUAACGGUGAUGGGAAGAUUGAUAUUGUCUAUGGAAACUGGAACGGCCCCCAUCGUCUCUACCUGCAGAGCAGCCAGCAGAGAUUCAAGGACAUCGCCACCCAGGCCUUCUCUGUCCCGUCCCCUGUUCGCACCGUCAUCGCCGCUGACUUCGAUAAUGACCUUCAGCUGGAGGUUUUCUUCAACAACAUCGCUUACAGGGGAUCCGCCCCCAACAGGAUCUUCAGAGUCAUGAGGAGGCAGAACGCUGACCCUGUGAUCACCGAGCUGAACGUGGGCGAUGCCUCUGAGCCUCAGGGCAGAGGAACAGGUGCCACGGUGGUUGAUUUUGAUGGUGAUGGACACCUGGACUUGCUGGUGGCUCACGGAGAGAGCGCCUCGCAGCCCAUCUCUGUCUACAGAGUCAACCAGGGCUCCAGGAAUAACUGGCUGCGAGUGAUUCCGCGCACACGAUUCGGAGCAUUUGCUCGCGGCGCUAAGGUGGUGAUACAUACGAAACAGAGUGGGGUCCACACACGCGUCAUUGAUGGAGGGUCUGGAUACCUGUGUGAGAUGGAACCAGUGGCUCACUUUGGACUGGGAACUGACCAGGCCACCAAAAUUGAAGUCUACUGGCCAGACGGCCGCUCUCUGGCCCGCCCCGUCACGCCAGCUGAUAUGAACAAAGUGGUGGAAAUCACAUAUCCAGGCGCUUGAGAAUUAAUGAUAUGAAUUAUCGGAAAUAUUUUUUCCAGCUGCCUUUUUGAGUUACUGACACUUUCACUCACAUUUCUCUCUAUGCUGUUAGACUACUAUAGGCACACUGAUGCUCCAGACCCAUGAUCUAACGAGAAAAAUAAAGGGAAAGUAAGAAACUCUUUAAGGUCUGGAAGUUUCAAGUAAAAAUCUGUUCAUGUUUGGCCUCGUUUGCUUUUUUAAUACUGUUUCUUGAUUGAUGUUCAUUAUUUUGGCUAACACUGAUUUGUCUUUUAACCUUUUUUUUCAUAAUAAAGAUAAAACUAACAAACAUUA